UGCAGGAAUCAUUAUUGGAGUCGUUAUGAUCCAAAGCUUUGGAUUCUUUUGCUGCCAUAACCAAGGACCUUACAGCAGCCAGCAACAAUGUGAGAAGAUAAAGAGCCUGUUACAUGAGAUGACCGGGCUGCUACAUGACUGUAAGCCAGAAAACAUCAAUAGAUAUCCCCAAAGAAAGAAGAUAGAAGAUCACUUCUCCAACCUCUUGAUCUUUUUGAAAAAUAAGAACUAUACAGACUGCGCCUGGGGAAUGGUUAACAUUGAAAUCAGGAGAAUCCUUUUUUAUAUUUCAACAUUCUACAAGAACGUGAUGAUCCACUGCAGCGCCACAAGCUGAACCAAAAACAACAUGCCACCAACGAACAACAAUCAAUGACAAACAACAAGCCACCAACAAACAGCAAGAAGCUGGGAAACAAGAA